AUGGAUAUGCACCUUUUGAUUUCGAAUAUGCAUUCGACACGACGGUUGCCAUGGAACAACCUUGAAGAGUUAUCAUCCCUAUGGGCAGUCUUUACAAAAUGUAAACGACAGCUGCGGAAUGGCUUUCGGUUGGAGAAUUUGACAUGGCGGUUAUGGUAUCGGCAAGCUGUAAUGCGGAAACAGACCGCGCCUGCCAUAUCGAAUGAACCAGAUUUGGCUGCUUCACCUGUGGCAUCGACACAACUCACCCGCUCACGAUCAUUACCAAACCUAUCCAUGCAUCAUUAUGCAAAACAAACACGCACACCUUUGUUUCAUGAUAAGCCAACGCCUCCACAGCCUACUUUGACCAAUAAUACCACCACCAACAAAUUCUACAUUGAUAAUGACGCCGAUGACGCCGAUGAUUCAGUUAGCAGUAGCAUUGAUAAUUCAUGUUACUGGACAUCCACCACAUGCUCUUCAACACCUUCAUCCAUCAUGUCUAUGGAUGAUGAAUCAUCGAUCCUUUUUACCAAGCAAGAUGUAAAACCGUUAUCAUCGUGUGGCACCAACACCACCAAGCCUACUUCAUUGCUAUCCUUAAUGUUACGUCAACAGCAGCAGCAUCAGCAGCAGCAUGAACCUUCCAACAAAGGGAGUUCAUCCAUUGUCAAUCAUUCAUUACGUCGUUGCAGCAAUCGUUUUGGUCGAUUAAAUGAAUGGUUUGCAAGUGCCAAUGUCUGA